AUGGGGGAUUUUGCAGCCCCCGCUGCCGCCGCGAAUGGCAGCAGUAUCUGCAUCAACAAUAACCUGAACAGCAGCCUCAGCGGGGCCGGUAUCGGGGUUAGCAGCACUCCCCACGGCCCUCCUGCCGCUGCUCCCGGUAACAAUAACGCCAACAGCGGCGGCAUUCCCAAGCACAGCACGGUGGUGGAGCGGCUGAGGCAGCGCAUCGAGGGCUGCCGGCGGCACCAUGUCAACUGCGAGAGCAGGUACCAGCAAGCCCAGGCGGAGCAGCUGGAGCUGGAGCGCAGGGACACGGUGAGCCUCUACCAGCGGACCCUGGAGCAGAGGGCCAAGAAAACGGGCACCGGCGGCGGCAGCAAGCAACAGCACCAGAGCAAACAGCAGCAAGAUGCCGAGCCCGCCACGGCGGAGCAGAGGAACCACACGCUGAUCAUGCUUCAAGAGACAGUCAAAAGGAAGUUGGAAGGCACACGUUCACCUCUCAAUGGAGAACAGCAGAACGGAGUUUGUGAUGGGAAGUUUUCUCCAACCAGUAAGCGGACACGAAAGGAUGUGCCAGGCAUUGAGGCAAUCAACAGCUUGCCCAUUAAUUUGCCUCUGCCUGCUGUUUCUCCUCUUCACCAGCUUGACAUGAAAGCUCCCCUGCCCCUGCAGAACAGUGGAACUCACAGGAGUGGUCUAGAAGACUUGGGUGAAAAUGGUGCGCUUUCUGAGAUAAAGCUCCCUGUUAAUGGCUGCAACGAGCUGGAUGAUGGUUUUAACAUCCUGCAGAACAAGGAGCUAAAGCAAGAGCCUCUGGAUGACUCCAACUGCAUAGACACUUCUGAAACAUCUCUUUCAAAUCAGAACAAGCUCUUCUCAGACAUUAACCUAAAUGAUCAGGAGUGGCAGGAACUCAUAGAUGAGCUGGCAAACACAGUCCCAGAAGAUGAUAUACAGGAUUUAUUCAAUGAAGACUUUGAAGAGAAGAAGGAGCCCGAAUUUCCCAGGCCUGCCACAGAGACUCAGGAGAGUGCAAGUGUAAAAAGUGAUCCAUCCCAUUCUCCAUUCGCUCAUGUCCCAUUAGGGUCUCCCCAGGUCAGACCAUCAUCUUCUGGUCCUCCAUUCUCCAACAUCUCCACAGGUUCCAGCAUUGCUUCUGCAUCCAGCGCACCGCCGGCCCCAGUCCCUGCUGGAUCACCGGCAAACUGUGUUGUCCAGUCCCCUCAGACUCCCAGCCAGGUACACACUCCCGGACAGACGCAGGCACGCUCUGGGAAUGGCUUCCUGAUGAACCCGGCAUCGGCCGUGGCAGGAUCGGGGCCUGGGCCAGUGACCUUGCCUAGUGCUGACCUGUCCCCAGCUGAGCAGCUCAAGCAGAUGGCAGCCCAGCAGCAGCAGAGAGCCAAGCUCAUGCAGCAGAAGCAGCAGCAGCAGCAUCCAAAUCAGCCCUCAAACUGGUCACCGGUGGGGCCUCCAUCUAGUCCCUACGGAGGACCCUUCAGCGCAGACAAACCAAAUAGUCCAAUGAUGUAUUCUCAAGCCUUUAACAACCAAAACCCAAUAGUGCCUCCUAUGGCAAAUAAUCCCCAGAAGACCACAAUUAAUAACUACCUCCCUCAAAAUCACAUGAACAUGAUCAGUCAGCAGCCAAAUAAUUUGGUCACAAACUCCUUGAGCAAACAGCCCAAUAUGCUAUCUUACGGCAACACCAAACCUCUGACCCAUUUCAACACUGAGCUGAGUCAGAGGAUGACCCCACCGAUGGCAAAUCCUGGGAAGAACGCCAUGAUGCCAUACAUCCAGCAGCAGCAGUCCCAGCAGACGCAGAUGCCAGCUCAGAUGGCACACCUGAGCGAGGAGCAGAAACGCAUGCUCAUCAUGAAGCAGAAAGGAAUGAUCAAUCAGCCCAUGGCAUAUGCAACGCUCCCCGCCCUUGGUCAGGAGCACCAGGUGGGAUUGUCACGUUCCACAGGGCCCAUGCAGCCUUCUGUCCCGGCAGGCUCCGGCAGCAUAGUCACAGGCAGCGGCUCCGGGGGACACUUCCUUGGGAGCCAGCCCCAGGCAGCCAUCAUGAAGCAGAUGCUGAUGGAGCAGAGAGCGCAGCUCCAAGUGAUGGAGCAGCAGAAGCAGCAGUUUCUCCGGGAGCAGAGGCAGCAGCAGCAGCAGAUCCUAGCGGAGCAGCAGAUGCAGCAGCAGCCACAUUUGCCUCGGCAGCAUCUGCAUCAACAGCGAAGCCCAUAUCCAGUGCAACAGGUCAACCAAUUCCAAGGUUCACCCCAGGAUAUAGUGGCUGUGAGAAACCAAGUAGCUCUCCAGAGCAUGAGGACAUCCCGAAUGAUGGCCCAGAAUGCAAACAUGAUGGCCAUGGGUCCCUCCCAGACCCCGAGCACGCUGCCCACCACUGCGGGCCAGUCGGAUAUGGGCAUGACUCCUUACAGCAACGCCUCUUCCAGCCAGCCAGGAAUGUACAGCAUGAGCACAGGGAUGAGCCAAACGUUGCAGCACCCAAACCAAAGCGGAAUGAACAUGGCACACAGCGCAGGCCAGGGAACAAGGCAGCCUGCCUCUGGACAAGCGGUGGGAAUGGUUGGCAGUUUUGGUCAGAACAUGCUGGUAAACUCUGCUCUUCCCCAGCAUCAGCAGCAGAUGAAAGGACCUGUGGGCCAGGUCUUGCCAAGGCCACAAGCACCACGACUUCAGAACCUGAUGGGGGCUGUCCCUCAAGGAUCACAGAACUGGCAGCAGCGAGGCUUGCAAGGCAUACCUGGAAGGACUAGUGGCGAAAUGGGAUCCUUCAACAACGGCACCGCGUACGCGAUGCCACCCGGGCAGCCACGGCUGUCCAAGCAGCACUUCCCACAGGGACUCAACCAGACGGUUGUGGACACCAGUGGGACAGUGAGAGCCCUGAACCCAGCGCUGGGGAGACAGCUGCUGCAGCCCCUCGCUGGGCAACAGGCAGCCAGCCAGGCCAGGCCGAUGGUGAUGCCAGCAAUAAGCCAAGGGGUCCCGGCCAUGUCAGGCUUCAGUCAGCCCCCAGCGCAGCAAAUGCCAGGUGGGACCUUUGCUCAGAGCGGCCAAGGUCCGGCCUACGAGAGGAAUCCCACUCAGGACAUAUCUUACAACUACAGUAAUGGAGGAGCAGGGGGCUCAUUCUCCAGUUUAGCAGAAGGCACAGACCUUGUGGACUCCAUUAUCAAGAGCGGGCCAGGGGAUGAGUGGAUUCAAGAACUCGAUGAGUUGUUUGGAAACCCCCAGUGA